AUGCAGAAACGAACGAGCUUGCGAGUUGCAGACCUCGCACGACUCCGGGCCCUCGCCAACGCCGCCAAGGGCUUGCCCAUUUGGGCGCAAUUCGUGCUGUUGUUCGCCACGGCCACGGUCACGCCGCUGCUGCUCCUGUUCGGACAGUGGGUGGCAUCGCGGCUGCCCUUAUCUUGGCUGGUGGUGCCUGUGCUGCCGUCUCCGGCGGUGUCGUUGGUGGCGCUGCUGCCGGCGGUGGGCGUUGACAAGACCUCGGCCGUAUACGAGCAGAAGGGGCAGAGAAGGACAUGA